UCCCGUUCCCCGAUUUAUUUGUCAUUGACAUUUUCCCCGCACAAUUAGAUGUCCUGAGCCUGACAAAGAUACACGAAGCGCGUCGAAACAUAAGCACAUUAUCCUUAUCGUCGAGCUUGGUGCUAUCGAUAUCGAUUGUAUGUACUCAACUACUUCGUAGUCGUGGUCUACCUCCCCUUCUUUUUCUUCUCCCCGCACGCAGGCGCGGGGCAGAGUAACGCUUGACCCCGGCAUGAAGACCCCAAUAGAACGUAUAUGAGAAUGAACACUAACUUUCACCCGUCUUUCAUAGAGUCCUUUGUCUUUGUCGUGUUUGCUUGGUGAUAAACAAGAGCGAAUUUUUACCAGUAUAAUAAAUUACACCAGCUGCUGCAAAGAACUCCUUGUGAGCAGGUACGUAGUACGAAGAACUUACUUCCCUAUAUUAAACGGAUAGAGAAGUUAUCGCAAAGAUGGGUGGACCCGGAAGUGGGCCACGCCCGCGGAAGCCAGUGGCUGGUUCUAGCAGUAAGGAUAAAAAUCGCGGUCGUUCGGCCUCUCGACCUGCUACACGACGAGGAACUUCGAAUGCGACAGGUUCGAGGAGUGCAACUGCUACUGGUGCAUCUUCAUCUUCCCGUCCGCGAAAAGCCCAGUCCUCCGCAAAUACUAGAGCGGCAUCAGCAGCCAUGAAGAGUACGAAAAAGAUGAUGACGAAAGCCCCAGUAGCGCCAGUUGCGCCAGCGGCCAAGACGAAAGCCGCUGCUGGUGCUGCGCCAGCUGGUAGUGGUGCUUCAUCUUCAUCUAGCAAAGGGGGCGAAAGGCCUAAGGAGAAAGCUAAAAGUAGCUCUACAGGCAAGAGUUCUAGUGGCAACGUCAAUAAAGGCGAGUCUGUUCCUCGUGGUGGUGCGCAGCCGAUGAAGAAAAGCAGUGUGAAAAUGAAGAAGCAAGCUAUGAAGAAAGUUGGGAAAAAACAGAAAUCAUCCAUGAAAAAGAUUUCAACAAAGAAGACGGUAGCCACGAAGAAAACGGCAUCGAAAGGAGCAAGUGCGGCCGUGAAGAAAUCCAACGAUAAAAAGACGGCGAAGGUGGGACAACUACCAGCAGCGCCUGCUGCUGCGCAAAAAAAGGAAAAAGGCAAAAAAGAGGUAGUGCCGGUGAAGAACUCGGAAGCAGCCGCAUCGGCAUCCUCGAGCAAGACCAAGACGAAGAUAAAGGGCAGUGUGCUUCUUGAAGGUCAUAAAUCACAUGAGGAUCACGCGGCCGGCCGUGACAUAAAGAAUUCCUCCGCGUCAUCUUUUUCCUCGAGCUCAAAAGGCCAGCAAGUCGAUAAGGGAAAAAAUACCAACAAGAAGACCAUCAACAGCAAUUCCACUAACGCUCUCACCGCAGAUAAGGAAACUACAAAAUAUACUUCAUCUUCACACAAUGGCGUGGCGUCCAUUGCGAAAGCGAAGGCAAAACCAAAAGCCAGCUCUGUGUCUCUGUCACCGAAGAAGGGGCUGAUACCCGCGGAUGCGCACCAGAUGCCGGUCGUACUAGGGAAGAAAAAAACUGAGCAUGAUGACGCAGUAGAAGCACAAAAUACCGCUGGCACGGCAGUCAACAGUAUGAAGAAAAUGGCAGAAGGUUCACGACCCGGAGGGGGCGCUUCAUCUACAUCCUUUUCAUCGGCGAGACCACCAUUGCCGCCCACCUUCAAAGGACAUGGAAGUAAAGGAAGCGCAGUUGUCGCAGGCUCAGGUAGUUGUAGUUCCUCUUCGAAAAAUGAAAGCUUACGACACAAAGAAGAAGUAAAGACACCAAAAAGUGGUCCUCGUGGUGCGCAGGUGGAGCAGACGCAGCUUUUGGAACCCACGCAGUCGGUUGUUCCUCCGGCCUUGUCUGCACAACUACAUGCCAUUCGCGACGUGGUCGUGAACAAGAAGAGAGGUCGGGAUCCUGCACCAGCCGAAAGUUCUGGUGACUUUUCAUCGAAAAAUCGAAAUGAAAAUCUGGUUCGAAGUGAAUCAGUCAGGAGAAAAACCAGUAGGUCCUCGUCUUCAGCCGCGUAUCACAGCGCCAAGUCAUCGGUCGACAAAGUAGAGGAUGAGGAUGGAAAAGAGGGGCAAGAACCGCUAGUACAAGUCGAACAUAAAGAAGAGCAACCUUUUACAAAAGUGGAUGGCGCGGCAGCGGCGGGGCCAGCACCAACACAGCGGGAACCACAGGACCAGGCUUUUCUCGACCUCGCAGAGAAGUUUCCAGCACCUGUCCCGCCUCCUACACCUCCCAACCGCGCGACGCUUCUCCGCGAUUCGACCAAGCACAAGUUGAUUUGCGAGAUUGUCUCCAAGUACAUGGGCGUCAACGAAGGCGUGCCUAAAGCCUACCUGCACCGCCGCGCGCGACCGAAGGAGCCCUUUGGUGAGCUGCGGAAAAAGCUCGCUUGGCUGAAAGAAGAGGACAGGCGGCUGCGGCAGGGGAAGAGGCGAUUAACAACACAUCAUGACGAUCAUUCACCAACAAAUGGCACCACCGAUAAUUUCUUCGCUAUCUUGUUUCUCCACCAUUGCCUCCGCGUGGGGUUUUCUCCCCCGGGAGCAGGAGUACUAGCAAAGGGGGCACCAGCAGGUGGCUCAUCUGCAACUGGAGCAGCAGGGUCAUCUACAACUGGGAUUGCCGCUGCAAAACAAGGACGAAGAUUGUCCUCGUCUUUGUCCACAGCGAGGAACGAGAACAUGCUCAGCAACGAGCUGUGCCGGGUUCUGAGAAAAAUCGACAACUGUUUGAUGCCUUCUGCUACAGCUCCUCCAGCUGGAUCUAGUACUUCUGGCGAUUCUUCCACUUGCUUUCCACUCUUCUUUAUCCUCUACGAGUACCUGGACCAGGUUUUUGAACUCGCGGAGGACCAAGACGAUAGUGCAAAUUUCAAACACAAGCUUGGUCAAGCAGGAACAAACAAGAAUGAGAAAAGCAAAGCGAGCGAGGAGCGGCUACUUCCCUCCUUGAAGGAGGAAGCCGACGAAGAUCCCGACCUGAAAGUGCGGCAGAAAUUGGUCGACAACUACCUGAUUCCGCUCUACGAUCAGCAAGUCCGAGCGCAGAUGUUGAACCUGAGCACGCUACAAAUGGAAGGGGAUCGGAUGGACGACCAGGUACAUGCUCGAGCAGGAGAUAUGGGGUCCGGUAGAGCUGCAACUUCUUCGAGCAAUACAAAUCUGAGUAAGUUUGGAGGUCAUUAUGAUGACUACAGCACCGGCCGUAUCGAUCCGCUGUUUUCCAACGAAGAGAUCAUUGUGAAGGCUUUCACGGAGCGGUGCUGGGGGUUGCACAUGUGGGAACGUUACCGCAAGGAGCAUUUCGACGACAUUUUGUUGGAACCCAUCAAGAAAAUGCUGCGCGGGGAGUUCGACCGAAUCGAACUGGCAUUCUCCGAAUCUGGCGCGUCGGCACCAGGUACGCCGCUAGUCGUGGGAAAGAACGCGGCGAAAGAAGAUGACGAAAACGAUAGUAACCCACCGCCGCUGAUGUUGAGAGAUAAUAUCAGCGACAACGAGCACAGCGACGAACGGAGCAGCUGCAGUGCAGAGUCCAACGGGCAGAACUUGCUUUUCUCCGAGGGCAUGCGCCGGCGGUUUCCGCAGGCCGCAAGACAGUACGUGGACGGAGAGUUCAUUCCAUCUUCGCCGGAAAUCGACCAGAAGUCGAAAAAGCGACCCCCUCCCCCUUCGCCUGAAGAGCGGUCUGCUGUGCCAAACAAGCUAGUGAAGGGAUCAACUACGGGGACGAAGGCAGGUGCGAAAAGGGACGUGUUGGCAGCAACCGGCGCUGUCGUUGUUUCAAGACUGGAAGACGAUGAAGAUAUUAAGAACCGCGAAAUAUUAGAUGUUGACCCACCAGCGCAAGCACAGCGAGCACCUCCGUCUUUGGUUCACGACGAGGAACGCUACAGAGUAGCCAUUCGUGCAGAAGUAGAGCGAGUUGAGGACCUCAGAAGUCCCACGUUUAUCAACCCGGUACUGCUCCGUAAGUGCGUCGCCAACUCGCUGACCGGCGCGCUGCUGCCCAUCUCCAUGAAUCUGACGACCAAACUGCAUGCUGCAUUCCUGGCCCACCUGAAGAAGACCGGAAACGAAGUGGAUUUUGGUGACUGGAAGAACAUGGAGCGCAUGCUGGACUUUCCGCCCUUCAAGGGGCUCGACGAAUGGGAAGACUUGCCGGAAUUUCCGGCGACGAGCAGCACGGGAGCAGCAGACGGGGGGAAAAGUGGUGAAAAUAAAGCAGCCUCGGACCUCCACGCGGCCGAGGAGUUUUCUUGGCUGGACUGGCUCAAGCGCCAAGCGCAGCUCGGUGGAAGUAGAAAAAGAGACGAUAACGAAGAGCAGGAUUUUCAGAAACAACAGCUGCGGAUGAAGAGUGGAGGUGGUAUUGAAGCUCAGGCGAGCAUCAACGUGGAACAACCUCCAGUGGCACCACAAAAGCACCACUCAUCGUCGGCAAAGAAUUUAGUUUUAGCAGCAUCAGGAGCUGCUCCCGCGCCUUCUUGUUCCUCGCAGAUCGGUGCUACCACUCUAGUGCUUCCGGUAGAAGAGCAAACGCCUGCCGAGGGCCUGCAGCUUUCGACAGAUGAUAAAGAUCUCGGUUGCGGCAUAAUGCUCCAGAAGCAGCAAGGGCAAAAAGAUCAUGAUAUUAAAAACCCCGGCGAAGAAGUAGAGGACUUAUUUCCUGACAUCAGCAAGACCCCGGUCGCUGCGCAAGAAGGAAGUGUAGUAUGUAGUGAGGUCACGAACGUUCUAACCUAGCGAUCUUUUUGACAUGUCUUAUCCAAAACGACCGGCAGUUUCCAAGCGGCCGAAAGUGUUUUUGGGCAUAAAAAAUUUCCAUUUAUCAAGCGGCCGGGGCUUUGAUAGCAAACAAGCCCGGUCGAAAACUAUCGACUCGCACUGGAUAAAACGACGCAGGGGAGCCGGCAAAAGGGGCGCCCUUCUGAGGCGCCCACCGCCGUAGUUUCUGGCGAUUUGGGGCGCCCAAAAAUGGGCGCCCAAAAAGCAGCGCUCCGAAAAAAACAGCGAAUCCGCAUGGUAUGGGCCUCAUUUUGCCCCACAUUCGGGCCCCGCAAAAGACGCCUUCAAAAUCCGCCAUUUCAGAGGCGGACUGAAGGCCAGAAGAUGCGGCAUUUUGACAAAAAAGAACAAAAAAAACAAAGUCCGCCAAAAGCAAAAUGCCAAUCCGCAUGCUAUGGGCCCGAUUUGGGGCUCCCAAGAGGGAGAGGCCGACCCUGGCGCGGGCCCUGGCGGGGCCAUAGCAUGCGGGGAAGGUUCUUCGAUUCGAAACCAAAAGGAGGCCGCCUCUGGAUUGAGAUUUUUAGCGACCUCCGUGCCGUCGUGCAUAACAUUACCCACGAUGGCAUGGCGGGCAGAGAAGUUGCGUCCUUUUUUGGCGUGAAGACAAAAAGACCGCCAUGACCUCACUACCUCCGCGGACGCGGCUAUUAUUGGUACGUGGUGCCUUGCACGGUGAUUCUCCUGGUGUGAGAAAUGUCAACGCGAAAAGUGGGAACCUCGGCUUCCGGUUUCUUCCGGAGCCAAGAGUGGCAGUGACCGAACAGGUCGCUCCUGCCGCAAAUGAAGCGACGACUUCUACUACAGGAGGCGCGCUGCUCCAGUCUGAGGUGGUGGGCCCGAGAAAAAAUGAGCGGCGCGAGGAGGAUCCCGCCUUAGCACAAGCGCAAGCAGGUGAGCUACCAUCUUCGUCCUGCCCGGGCGAGUCAAAAAUCGGUCAACUACGAGCGGAUCAAGAUGCAAAAGCGGCACCAGCAGUAGUAGCCCCAACGGCAGCGUUGUCAACAAGUUCUGAGAUGCGGCCCGGCACGCCGAGAGGGCCAGCUCACGGAGGAAACUACAAAAAGGUUUCUUCAACAACUCCGAACGUGACGAAGCUGCAAGCGAACUACAGCACUACGCUGCAGGUGGAGCAGCGUCCUCUGGCUUCGGCUGCGCCUGCUCUGGGUCCUUCAGGUGGAAAUGCGCUUCGGGAGGACGAGCAGGCUUCGGGACUCGGAGGCGAUAUGACGACGAGCGGCAAGAAAGAUUAUGACGUCCAGCACGUGGACCACGUGAAAAUAAACACAAAGAACGUAGGCAAAGCCAAAACGUCGUCCCCAGCGGCGUCGCCUUCGCCUUCGCCGCCGUCUCGUUCCGCAGCGGACCGAAGCGGCAUGAAAUUGUCGACGAGGAAGCAAAAAAUCAUCGGAAACCAGCCAUACUUUUCCGCAGCGAGCCAGAACUACAAGAAAAAUGUGCGCCGGCCGCCGACGGGGGACAGAGGCAGCAGUGCCGACGCCGAAGAGGACGACGGCCGCACGGGACAGCAGCAGCAAGAACGAGGGGCUGGCGAAGCGGGUAGAACAACUCCACUUCGCGAGACCAGCGCGUUUCCGGAAAAGAGAAGAAAAACGGGACAAAAAGAUGAGGACAGAAAUGCUUCAUCCCGUUCUCAGUCCCUUGCUUCCUCGAGGUGUAUGAAAGAUAUAUCGCCGAAGCGACUCCAUGUUGUACUUGAGAAGGAGGCCGCUCGACUUACAGAUGCAAAUAAACUUCCAGAGGGCGUUCUGGUGCAGCAAUGUCUCGCAACCAAAAGGGUGGAGGUGGAGCAGGACCAAGAAAAAGAAAAGUUGUUGCAGCACGGUGAGGACGAGGACCUACGUGGUGGACCGCGGCCGCCCGCCGCAAGAACUGCGCCGCGACGGUCUCUGCCGUUUGGUGGUGCUGGAACACUGUCGCAAAAGCUGCACGACGAGAAGCAGGACGAAAAACAACAUCAAAGCCGCGACUGGCUGACCAGAUCGCCGCAGCGAGGCAGAUCUCCGCCAAGCAAAAAUAACGGGAGACAGAGCCUCAGUUACAGCUACGGGAACCUGCCGAGGCCACUCGCCUCCUCUGCAUCGCCGUCGCCCGUCGAGAAAAUCGACGAAGCAAGGUUUCAGCCAUAUGGUCAGAAGCAGGCAACGGGAGGUGCUACUGGUGCUGUGGGCUCAGGCUCUGGCAACAAUGAGUAUGUUCUCAGUUCCAUGGUUUUGGCGGACUCGGUCUCGGAAAAAAAUGAAUUGGAGAUGACGUCUUCGAAUAGAAUCUUUCAACGCCCACCAAUGGCUCCCACCCUCGGAAACCGGAGUCGGCGGCCACUCGGCUGGGCUGGCAAAACUGCAUCUCCCUUCAAGGACGUCGUUGCUGGCGCGGGAACAACUGGCGGAACUACGACUCAGACGGGAGGAGCGCUAGAAAUGAACGAGAAAGACCACCAAGGAGACGCACCCAAAACCGCCGCCUUGCCUGCCUUCCCGUUGUCGGACAUUUUGGCAAAGGCCCAGAGGAAAGAGGAAUGGGCGGCGAAAAUCGAAGAAAGCUUCAGGAAAGGACACGGUGGCUACGUGAAAAGCAAAGUGAUGAAUACCAAGAAGCAGCUGCAGGCUGCUGCCCAGCACAAAGAUGGGUCGACGACGAAUGUGAAUGUCAUCAAGGAGGAUCGUGUGCCGAACUUGAAUCAGCAGCCUUCUGCCGCUAGCGAGCAGAGAAAUUUUUCAGCAGCUGCAGUGGAGGCUGCAUCAUCUUCGUUUCUUUUCGGUUCCACUAAAAUGAACUCUUUGCUGAAGAGUAGAGGCAGGGCAGCUACGAGAAAUAUGAACACGGCUGAGGCUUUUGCUCUGCGGAAGAACUACAACAAGAGCCGCUCCCUGGAGAAGUCACAACUUGAUCUCGGUGAUGCUGCAGGUGGGACGAGUCAAGAAGAUGAGACAAGAGCUGGUCUACUUCCAAGCGGUCUGAUACAACAAACGGCAGAUGUCGCGGAUUUUUUGGAACAGGACCACCAGCUGCAGGGAGAGGCUUCGUUCAAGCGGAACAAGAACGCUGCAUCAGGAGCACCGGGAGAACGAAUGCCCCCGAGACUGGCAUCUUCGGCAGCCGGAGGACAGGUGCUGCAGCAAGGGCGGAAGCUAUCAUUUCAAAAACCAUUUCCACGCACAGCACCUACUUCGUCAGGAGCUGCGUCUUUUGAUGCCAUUGGAGGAUCGUCGUCUGCGAUCCCCUUGUUCACCAAAAAGCCACCGCCGGCACCACGAAGCGCAGAUGAAGGAGCAGGAGGUGCAAGUGCACUUCCACACUUUGGAGGGCCGCGACGGGAGGGAAUGAACAAGAACGCCGAAGAAGGGCAACAUCAACCACAGACCAGCACUUCUCACGAGCGCGAACCCCGCGCACCCUCGGCCCCGCCGCCGAAAAGCACAACCUUGCUCAACCCAGUUACCAGCCCCAGGCCUGCGAAUAAUUUUGCUGCUGCGCCGGAGGUCAACAAUUCUGAUGAACAUCAAGUCGUAUUGAGCAACAGCGUGAGCAGUUUGAUGAGGCUGAGCCGCAAGGAAAGCGCCGGCGCAUCCUCUAGGUUCCAAAGUGAUCCAAAUCAAGUGUUGUACCGAGGACCGCUAGUGUCAUCGAUGCUGGCGAAACUAGAAAAAGUCGAAGUCCUCCCGGUACAACAGCUAGCCGAUGUCCGGCCUGAAGUCCUGCGCAAGCACAUCGACCAGAUGCGCCCGUCGUCAUUUCUGGACGACAAAAUGGAUCGAGUCAAUCGGUAUAAAUCCAUGGCACAACUACAAUUAGAUCACGAAGACGCCAGCACUGGGCGUCGAAAAAGGGCAGUCACCGAAGAAUUUCCAGUGAUCAUGGAAGAGGAGGACAUCCAUGCGCAGGUCAUUGCGAAACAACAAGACGACCAGGACGAAGAGGAGAGCGAUAUCGAGCUGUACCUGCAGAAGCAGCAACAACAGAAAAUGAUGCAGCGACGAGGGGGACGACGUGGCAAUGGCAUGCGCAUGAACCUCCACCACGACGAGGACCAGAAGGAGGGGGCGAUAUUUUCACAGCAGGGACGAGGCGGCCGAGGCAGUAGGAGUUCGGAAUUGGUUCUGAUGCAGAAGAACGAUAAAUCGGUGGACUUGGAAGCGAAGAACCGUGGAAAAGAUGAAGAAGAAAAUCAAGAUCUACUACCCGGCGGCGCUCCUCCGCCUCUUGCCCUUCGUCCAGCAGGAGGUCGUCCCCGUGGCGGCGGCGGUCGUGUAGAAUUCACGGAGCGCGAAGACUUCCUGUUAUGUUACACGGCCAUGGCGAAUGCCGUGGGCAAAGCGGAGUAUUGGUACUCGCUGCGCGAAAACAAGCGACAGUGUGACACAAUACACGACUUGGCGAUGCGGCACAAAGAGGGGCGAAAGCAAAAAGUGUUGCGGGAGUUGUCACCAGCAGGAGGGGGCUCUUCAUCAAGGAAAACGAAUUUGGGUGCCGAAGGACAAGCAGCGUGGUCUGCAGCAUCGCAAAAAUCAUCCGGCGGGACUAAGAAGCUUUACGUGGAGCCGCCACCACACUUGAAGCCGGAUCCUCAAUUGUCCCAAGAAAUGGAACUGCUUUACGACGAGAUACUCCGGUAUUCAUUGACGGUAUGCAAGACAAAUUGAAACUUAUUACCGCAGGAGUCGAACUGUGACACGGAGAACAUGCAUCAUAGAUUCGUUCUCGUUGCAAUAAGUGCAGCUUUUUUUUACGAAGGCACUGCUUGAAAUGGCUGUGCGAGAUAGAAGAAGGGUCUUGUCGUUGUCAUGCCAGUUCGUGUUCACUUGUUGUAAUAUCGAUCCUUGCGGUUGCGGUAAUUUUUUUUCGGAUAGAGGAAAGAGCAGUUUGGGCAGUAUCAGUAUUUUACUACCCAACUACGGGAAAUGGACGUGCCUUCAUCCGGACUUGACGGAGGCGACGGUGCGGGGAUUAACAAGAGCCCGCUGCUACCGCUCUACGCCGCGGACUUCGAUAGACUGAAGACUACCGCCGUGUGCAAGGAGAACUGCCGAAGCCGGGACGUGCUCAAGGCUCGUUGGAAAACGCUGAACCGGCGCGCGGCGACGAAGCGGCGCCCGGCACCGCUACAUUCCCGUGCCUGGGAGAUUAUCCGUGAAAUUUGCCGCAGAGGGGGGCCGAGAGCCUACGAUGGCACGGUGAAGAACGACGAGCGGUCUCUGUCUGGGGACGAUGGUAGCGACAUAGAAGGCGAUCGCGAUGAUAUUUCGUAAGAAUAUACAAGAAAUCUGCAGCGAGACUUCUUCUUUCUUCCACGGAGCGCACCAAAGAGAAUUUUUUAAAUUCAAUUGGCGUGACAGUGUUGCGACGCGUUGUGGUUGAGCAGGCUCAUGAAAUAAAACGGAACGCACGUGUAAGAACAGAAACCGCGUUGACCUUUCGCGAC